UUUAACGACUGGCGCCACCACUUACACCGAGUGGUAGUGCGUAAACUAUACCAAUAUACCGAUAUAUGGUAGAAGUAUAUUAUUACGGCGGAGGACCUUGAAAACGCGGAGCGGCACGCGUCUGCUCGGUAACGAACCCGAUCGACCGUAAGUCGGUUCGCGCACACCGAUGUCGCUUACGAACCUCCGCGGUGUGGCAGCGCGCUCGCACUGAUCCAACGCGUGUCUUCGUCCGUUAUCGCUCAAUUAUAGGCAUAAUAUCGCGCAAAUAGGUCGAAUACGUAAAAUAUAUCGUAGUUUUUCGCACCCGACGACAUGAACCCGACCGUAGCGGCGGCUGUGCUGGUGGCGCUGAUGUCGGCCCGUUCCGGCCACGGUAUGGCGUACACGGUGUUCCAGGCGGUGGUCGAGUACUACCGGACGAUAGCGCCGGAUCCGGUGGACGCGGUCCCGGACGCGCCGUACGUCGACCGACAGUACGACUUCGUGGUAGUAGGCGCCGGUUCCGGAGGGUCGGUGGUGGCCAACAGGCUGACCGAGGUGGGCGGCUGGACGGUGCUGCUGAUCGAGGCCGGCGGUGAGGAGAACGCCAUGACGGACGUACCGCUGCUGGUCAGCUACCUGAUCGGCACGGGAUUCGACUGGGACUACAGGACCGAACCGCAGGACGGCGUGUGCGGCGCGAUGGAGGACCGCAGGUGCCGGUGGCCGCGCGGCAAAGUCAUGGGAGGCACCAGCGUUAUCAACUACAUGAUGUACACGCGAGGCGUGCCUGAAGACUACGACCGUUGGGCCCGGCUGGGCAAUGGCGGUUGGAGUUACGCGGACGUGCUUCCGUACUUCAAGAAAUCAGAGGACCUGCAGCAAGACGGCCGGGUAGCCGCGUCUCCCAUGGCGGCACACCUGCACGGCCGCGGAGGAUAUCUCAAAGUCCAGGAGCCGUCGUGGAGGACGCCGCUGGGACCGGCGUUCCUGCGAGCCGGCCGCGAGCUGGGCUACGACACGCCCGUCGACUACAACGGUCCGAGACCGCUCGGCUUUUCGUACGUGCUGGCCACCACGGACCGGGGCACCCGCUGUAGCGCGUCCAAGGCGUUCCUGCGACCCAUCCGGAACAGACCCAACCUGACCGUGACCAAACGUGCGACGGUCACCAAAGUGCUCAUCGAUCCCGGCACGAAGCGCGCGUACGGCGUGCGGUUCGUCAAGAAUCGUCGGACGUCGUCGGUGUACGCCCGCAAAGAGGUGAUACUGUGCGCCGGGGCGUUGAACUCACCGCAGCUGCUCAUGUUGUCGGGCGUGGGCCCUGCCGAACACCUGACCCAGAUCGGCGUGCCCGUCGUCAGCGACCUCCGGGUCGGGUACAACCUGCAGGACCACGUGUCCAUGGCCGGGUUGGUGUUCCUGGUCAAUCAGUCGGUGACCAUCGUCGAGAGCCGGUACCGGCACCCCAGGUACUUGGUCCAGUACGCCUUGAACGGCGACGGUCCACUGACCGUGCCCGGUGGCGCCGAGGCGGUCGCGUUCACCGCCACGCGGUACGCCACCAACGGGUCCGUGGUGCCCGACAUGGAACUGGUGUUCGGUCCCGGAGCGCUGACCGGUGACACGGGAGGCUCGCUGCACCGGUUGUUCGGCAUGCGCGAAGACUUCUACGAACGGGUGUACGGCGGAUUCCGCGGCCGGGACGCUUGGGGCCUAGUGCCCAUACUUUUGCGACCCCGAAGCCGCGGCAGGGUCAUGUUGCGAUCGGCCAAUCCGUUUCACGCGCCUCUGCUUUACCCCGGAUACUUGUCCGACAGCCACGACCGCGACGUGCUUGUCGAAGGCAUAAAACAGGCCAUUGCUGUAAGCAAAACCCAAGCUUUCCAAAAAUACGGAUCUACGCUGUUGUCAGUGCCGUUUCCGGGCUGCGAACACGAGUCGUUCGGGUCGGACGCAUACUGGGGUUGUUCCAUCAGGCAGUUGACCACCAACCUUCACCACCAGGUGGGCACGUGCAAGAUGGGACCGGUCUCAGACCCAGAUGCCGUGGUCGAUCCAAAGUUGAGGGUGCGCGGUGUUAAAGGGCUCAGAGUAGUGGACGCGUCGGUCAUACCACUCAUACCAGGCGGUCAUACCAACGCGAUAACAUUCAUGAUCGGCGAGAAAGCGGCUGACAUGAUCAAGGAAAACUGGAUCAAAUAAUUGAACCGAUUGUGUAACGCUGUGAAUGUUGGAUAACAUAUGCUCGGUGUGAAUGACUAAUGUGGUGAUAAAUCAAUAAUUAAAUAAUGCCAUGUCCUACAUUAUAUUAUUCAUAUCAAUAUAAUAUUGGACAAUGUAAUCGUUUUAUGGAACAGAUUCGCUGUCGUCGAUACCUCUGUCCACAUCUACAGUAAUACACAACUAAUCGAUUGCACACAUUUUGAUUCAACAGAUAAUAGUGUUCAUUCUAUUAAUGGAACUGUAAACUAAACGUGUACAUAAGAAGAUUAUAAUGAUAUUAUCUAGUCAAAAAAAAAAAAAAAAUGUGCAAUUUUGUUUGCAUUUUUUUUUUUUUUUAUUAUAUUACCUAAUACCUACCUAUAUUUAGUUUAUUCCUAUUUCUUUUUAUGGAUAUUAUGUAAAAAUAUUUUUCUAUUGAACUAUAUCAAAUAUAAUACGUAUGACUUAUAAUUAAAUGAAUUUUAUUAUGUUUUACUAAACUUCAAAUCGAAAAUUUAAGAAAUACAAUAUACAUAUUAUUAUCUUAGUUUUAAAAAAGAAUCAUCUAGUGUAAGUGUGUAAAUUAUAAAUAAUGUAAUUAUACUUUAGCUGUUUUUCUUAAUAA